AUGCGGGAUCCACCAGUCUCAUCCUCUGACUACGCCAGCAACUCUACAUACUUCCAAGAUGAGAAGGACCGUCUCGCCUUUGAGACGACCUCUAACCGGAAUCACAAUCCCGAAGACCUGACUUCGGAGGUCUCGUCCGCUAUCUCUUUCCCUAGUAGUUACGGGAAUACCUCUACGGCAACGAGGGACACUCCGCCGCCGCCGUAUUCGUCUCGCGGCGUCUCUCCUGCGCCGUCGAGGUCUAUGUCGAUAUCCUCGUCUGGGUAUCCGCUGCCACCACAGCAGGUAGCUAUGAUGCAAAUUGCGCAGCCGCGACCUGUAUUCCAAAGAGCGGACAAUUUGGUCCGGAAUGUCUUGUCGCGACGAAGUUUCGAUGAACAGCAUGAGCCUGGGAGGCUGCGGAGGUUCUCUUGGGAGAGCCAAUAG